AUGAUCAAACAUUCUUUGACUUAAACAUCUUCUACUAAUCACAAUUUUUCAUAGAAACUUCAACUGUAAAAGCUUAAACGAAACAAGCAAAUGGUCACAAAGGCCGUUGACAUGCUUUUAAACCCGUUUGAUCCCCAUCAAGUAUCUUAGUCCUUGAGAUUUCUUGAAAAUUAGUCAUAAAGGAAGUCUUUGCUUGAUGAAAUCAUAGGGAUAAGAGAAGAAAGAAAGAGAAAAUAAGAAUUUGAAAAAAUGUCCUCCAUGAGAGGGAUUUUGACCAAAGUAUAGAAAAGGUUCUCUGUGGUCAAAACUCAAGAUAUAAAAUUUAAUAGAGAUUUUAAUGAUUUUAAAAUUUUACAAGAGGAACGUAACAAAAUGGAAAAAUUGCAGUAUGAAAAUCUCAAUCUGCAAAUAAACGAAAGAAAAUCUUAAUUCAAGAGAAUGUCGAGUCUCAACUUCUUAACACGCGAGAGCGACAACCAUCUCUUCAAACAUCAACUAAGUCUUGAUCCAGGAGCUCCUCAAUCAUCUUUGAUGCUCACAAGGAAAACCUAAAGAAAUACAACGCUUUUGCUUUCUAAAAUAACAAAUAAAUAGAUACCUACAGAGGGUAAUACUGAGAAAGUUCUUACAUCACCUCAGAAUUGCCUGAUUAUAACAUAAGAAACUGAUUAAGAAUGA